GUACGAAAGUUUCUUCACUUUUUAUUCAAUUUCUGGUGAAAAAGAUCCAGUUUUACUCUGUUUCAUCGAUUCUCUCACAUAAGAUCCAAAAUUCUACUCUGUUUCAUCGAUUCUCUUAAGUAUCUAUUCAAGGUUCAGAGCAAUCGAGAGAGAGAGGAGAUCGUGACUCAAGUUUGGUUCUAGGGUUUAGCAUGGAGGAGGAAGUAGAACCUGAGCCGCAUGCCACUAUUAAUAGGUUGGUGAACAGAAUCAGAGUCUCCAAGGAUAGAGCAACCAUUCUCCUAGUUUUGUAUGAUUGGGAUGAGAAGAAAUUCAAUGGGGAGUUUUUGCUAUCUGACGAGUACGCAUCCAUCGCAAGCCGUUUCGUAAGACCACCAUCAUUUACCUCGAGCACGCGUACGUGCAGUAGGUGCAAUGCCUUCACACUGUCAAAGAAUCUGGGAUGUGGUCACCAUCUCUGUGGCCAAUGCUUUGCAGGUCUCAUCGAGUCUCCAAUUCUUGAGGGGGGACUCGUUAUGAUGUGUCCUAACUAUGACUGUGGGAAAUUCCUUUCACUUCAUCUUCUGAGAGAUCACCUGUCCAGCGAAGCAAGAGAAAAAUAUGACAUUUCUCUCAAAAUGUCUUAUCAGGCGAUUUUUCCUGAAACGGUUUGGAAUAGAGCAGUAUGUUUUGUGAGAUCGUCUGCUACGUCACUUGCUACUUCGCUGUUGGAUAUAGGGGUUCAAGGGUUUAAAGCAGCUCUAAGAGCAAGGAGGGAUGAGAUUUGCAUGGUUGCUAUAAUGGCAAUUGUUCAUCUCCUUGAGUGAAGAUAUCAAAGACCGUUCUGGUUUUGUUCAGUAGAUUUAGAAGGGUUUAUAUGUGUAAGAAAUUAGCCUCAAGCUGCAAGGGACUGUUACUAUAUGGGUAUAUCCUCUUGCUUUAGAAUAUGUUUCAUUCUGCAAACUAAAAAUGAAAACAGGGCAGACAGCAAGAAUGUUUUAGAACUAUCUGCAUAAUAGAAAUACAGACAGCAGCAACUUGAGAAGAUAAAUGUAUAAAAUCAUAGUUGUAAAAGAGAGCUUCUGCUAAUGAUAUAAUAACACAUACAGU